GUCGCAGGAGGCUCUUGAACUCACGACUCGAGACUGCGCGCAUCCGCAAAACGACAGGUUCAGGGUGCUUCUCGCGUACGACGCCAUGACGAAGCUGCAGGUGGGAAUCGGCGACUUGGUCGAGGUGACGCGGCCCGAAGGCGCCGACCUAGGACGCGAGCCGGUUCGCGGCGGCGCGCUGUACGCUUCCGAAGCCAGGGGAGAGGCGGAGGCGCGUCGAGCGACGUGCUCUUUCGUUGGCAUGGCGUGGCCAGUUUCUAACUUUGAGCCCAGCUGCGUGGGACUCGACGGACCAGCGCGUCUGAAUUGCCAGGUCAAGUUGGGAGACAAGGUCUCGGUUCGCAGGCUGAACAUGUCAAGGGUCCUAGACGCCGACUCUGUUUCCUUGAGGUCCACGCCGCUCGGCCAACGCACUUCGGACGACCCUCCGGUCCCCGAUGAGACCACGAAGCUGUUCGUUCGCAACCACCUGGUGGGACAAUAUCUGCAAACCCACAUGAAGGUGGUCGUGCCAAUCUACCUCAGGAAAAAGAAGUUUGUCGUCGAGAGCAUCAACCAGUCAGCCGACUCGGCAGCGAAGGGAGAAAUCUUUCGAGUCACCAAUAACACAAAAUUUUUUGUCAAUGUAAAUAAACAUUCCGUCGGCGACAAGGAUAGCCAGCUUUCGAGCGGAGCAGAGCUGUGCUUCGCCCACAUCGGCGGGCUUUCAAGUCAAAUACGGGAGCUUCGAGAGAUGAUCAAGCUCUCGCUCAAAAAUCCAGGCCUGUUCCGCCGAUAUGGCCUGAAGCCACCGAGAGGCGCCCUUUUGUAUGGUCCUCCGGGAACGGGGAAAACAAUGCUCGCCAGGGCACUCGCCAAGUACACAGAGGUGCCUUGCUACGUUUUGUCUCAAGCGGGUGUCUCCGACGAAGAGGGCGUAGCCAACAUUUCGGGCCUGUUCGAACGCGCGAAGGCCAACGCGCCGAGUCUGAUCUUCAUCGACGAAAUCGACGCGAUCUCGCGCAGACGGCGAGACGACAGUUCUGCCUACGAAAAUCAAGCCGUCAGCGUACUGCUAACCUGCAUGGACGGCAUCGACGGCUGCUCCGCCGACCCCGUGGCAGAGAGCUGUCAGUUCUUCGUCCUGGCCGCGACCAACAGACCAAACGCCAUCGAUCCGUCGCUUCGGCGACCAGGUCGCUUCGACCGAGAAAUCGAAAUUCCAAUUCCGAAUCGACAGCAGCGCCUGGAAAUUCUUCGCGUGUACCUAAAAAACAUGCCACACAACUUGAAAGAGCACGAAAUCGCUAGCAUCGCGUCCUCGACGCACGGAUACGUUGGCGCGGAUCUAAGCAACCUGUGCAGGGAGGCAGGCCUUCGGUCCCUGAAGAACUUCUACCAAGACGACUCUCGCAAAAACGACCUCCGCGACUCGAAAGUCACGUUCGACGACUUUUCUUCGGCUCUCGCAGAGAGCAAGCCCAGCGUCAUGCGCGACGUCAUGGCGGACAUUCCGAAAACGGAGUGGGACGACAUAGGCGGAUACGAGGACGUAAAACAGAAGCUCAAGGAAGCGGUCGAAUGGCCCCUGCGAUACCCCGAAGCGUUCAAGAGAAUGCACAUUGACCCCCCAAAAGGCAUCCUGCUGUACGGCCCGCCCGGGUGCUCGAAAACCCUACUCGCCAAAGCCGUCGCGACCCAAGCGACCCUCAACUUCAUCCCAGUCAAAGGUCCCGAACUUUUUUCAAAAUACGUCGGCGACUCCGAAAAAGCCGUCCGGGACGUCUUCGAGAAGGCCAGAGCCGCUUCGCCCUCCAUCAUCUUCUUCGACGAACUGGACGCAGUAGGGGGCAGGCGAGGCCUGAGCGACGACUCGUGUCCUACCUACGACCGAGUGCUAACGCAAAUGCUAAACGAGCUGGACGGCAUCGAAAAGCUAAAAGACGUCCUCUUUCUCGCCACCACCAAUAGACCAGACGUCAUCGACGAGGCCCUGAUGAGGCCGGGACGCAUCGACAGAAUCAUCUACGUGGGCCCUCCAGACGACGAAGCCAGAAAAAAAAUUUAUCAACUGCAACUGAAGAAAAUACCUCACGACGACCAGCAACUGAACGUAGACCGACUAGUUCAGCUGAGCAGAGGACUCUCUGGCGCGGAAAUCACGUCCGCCUGUCGCGAGGCGUGCCUUCUAGCCAUGCAAGAUGACAUCGAAGUGAAAAAAGUACAAGAAAAAUAUUUCAUAACGGCUCUGCAACACAUUCAACCAGGAAUUACAAAAAAAAUGCUGUCAUACUACGAGUCGUUCGCCCGAGCUUUCAAACCAACCGUCUGACCAGAAAGC